AUGAAAAUUAAUUUUGAUGGUAGUUCUCUAGGUAAUCCAGGAAGUGCAGGUGCAGGUGGUAUUGCUCGCGACAAUGAGGGUCAGGUCUGCAACUCUUUCAGUAUCUUCUUGGACAUCAAGAAAAUUUAUAAAGCUGUGUUUGAGGCGAUUAUGGUAGCGAUCUUAUUGGCCAAGGACUCUAGUGCAAGGGGUCUGUGGAUUGUGUCUGACUCAACAGAGGUGGUGUCUGCAGUGCAGAAGAAUCAAUAUCCCUUGGUAAAUCCAUAUUUGUAUGGCAGUACAAACACACGGCUUUUUACGUCGUGGACUAAAGAUAAUCAUCAGGCAACAGGUUGCUUUAAUACAGCUUGCAGUGGUUUUGUACAUUUCAGUGCGGAUAUACCACUUGACUAUGUUUUCCCACAAACAUCAAAGAUGGCUAAAGAGCAAUACGAUGUGAGCCUAGGAGUGUACCAGCAUAACAUAACAAAAGUGUGGAACUUGGUAAUCAAUGACGAUGAGCAAUUAAUUGGUUAUUGGCCGCUAGAGAUAUUCAGUCAUUUAGCAAGUGAAGCAGACUUUAUUCAGUGGGGAGGGCAGGUUUACAGCCCAUACCCAGAAGAACACAGCCCAGAGAUGGGAAGUGGAGUUUGGAGGAACGGAUAG